AUGGGGAAGAAAAAGAAUGUGUCUAUGACACACGAGGAGAUUUGGGAUGACUCUGCUCUGAUGCAGUCCUGGGAUGAUGCUGUCGAAGAAUACCAGCAAUAUCACAGCAUUCACGCCAAAGGCGAGAAUGUGGAGGAGGUCUUGAAAGCGGCAGAAGAGUCUGGUUCUGUCAUCGAGGGCGAAAGCCUUGAACAAUCUGUGGACGAUCCAGCAGAGGACGAUGCCACAAAUGUUGAAAGUGAGGAUGUCGCCAUGGUCAUAGACGAAACGACAUCUGAGACUGCUGCCCAGACGUCUCAGCCUGUAUCUACUCCCUCUGCUGAGGUUCCAACCGCCACUCUUCCGAUGCCUCUUCCUCUGGUGGCCAAUGUCAAAGAUGAAGCCAUGAAGAACCUCAUGAUGUCUUGGUACUACGCGGGGUACUAUACCGGACUGCAUGAAGGUCAGCAACAGGCGAGCCAGGGCAAGAACCAAUGA